CACAACCUGAACGACAGUGUUAACACCUGCAAGUGCUCUAGGUGCCGGACGUAAUAAAAGUUGCUCUCACUAACCGAAAAAAUUUUUGUUUGCAGGAGCCAUCACUAGACUUUGUACCCUCAUCCUCCUGCUUGGUAACUGCUACAAGUAAUAUACUACUAUUAAAACCACCAUGAAGCAUAAUUCAACCUCCCUUUUCAUCAGUGUUGUUGUGCUCUCAGUACUAGUGUACACUUGUAUAGGUGAGACGUGUCGCAGGGAUAUAAUGUGUGAACGCCUUGGUUGUAUAGUCGACAAUGUAACUGGUGAAGCAGGCUUCUGCACAGAUCUUGGCCCUCACCGUAUCUGUGCAGGCGUUGAUAUUGAUGGAAACAGCUUAACUACAACCACUCUUGAUCCAGAAGCAAAUACCAUCACCACCACAACUCCCAGUGAUACCAUUACCUCCACUACCACCACUCCCACUGCUACCAUUACCAACCCUACCACCACUCCCAGCGCUACCAUUACCAACCCUACCACCACUCCCAGAGCUACCAUUACCAACCCUACCACCAAUCCCAGCGCUACCAUUACCAACCCUACCACCACUCCCAGCGCUACCAAUACUGCUCGUGCCACCUCACCCACUCCUACUAUUUAUGCUCCUACUAUCACUCCCACUUCUACUAAUGCCGUUCCUACCACCACCAUCAAUCCUACCGCCACCACCACUACUACUACUACUACCACCACCACCACCACCACCACUCCUACCACCACCACCACUCCUACCACCACCACCACUCCUACCACCACCACUACCACGCCUAGGUGCAAGGUUGCAACGUGUUUUAAUAAAGCAGUAGGAGUGUAUGCCUACCCUGAGUGUAAGUGUAACAAGUACUACACUUGUAAGAAAUCUGCGUCAGGCAAGCUUAUCCUCCGUAAGUACACUUGUACUGGUGGUAAAGUGUUCAAUAAAAACACUUACUCUUGCGUAACUAACAAGCUUGUCUGCCCAUAUGCUCUGGCUUGAUCCUGUGUUAUACUUUUCCAUCUCUACAAUGGUUUCUCCACUUCUAUCUAGUGAUUUAUUACCUUAUUAGAGAAGGAUAAAUGGUGCCUAUGAUAAUACUAAUGUAUCCCUUGUUCGUUUUUCAAUAUUUUAUUUUCAUUAUAGGGAGCAAAACUGCAUAUAAUAAUACUGAAGAAUAUGAUGAAACAAAGACUAUGUAACGUGAGCACAACAUACCCGUGUUGAUACUUAUAUGUUUCACCAAUAAAGACU